AUGAGGGGUGGCAGCUCUUGUGGCAGCUUUGGUGGAGGUGCUGGGGGCUUUGGGAGUGGGUCUGGAGGCAGCUUUGGGGGAUCUGGAGGCUUUGGGGGCAGCAUUGGUGGUGGUUCUGGAGGUGGCUUUGGGGGAUCUGGAGGCUUUGGGGGUGUUUCUGGAGGAGGCUUUGGGGGUGGUUCUGGAGGUGGCUUUGGGGGUGGCGUUGGUGGUGGUGAUGGUGGCAUCCUGGGUGCUGAUGAGAAGACCACCAUGCAGGGCCUCAACUCCCGCCUGGCCUCCUACUUGGAGAAGGUGCAGGCACUAGAGGAAGCCAAUACCCACCUGGAGAAUAAGAUCCGGGAAUGGUAUGACAAACAGGGGCCCAAGAACGUCCCCAAGGACUACUCCUGUUACUAUGACACUAUGGAGGACCUCAAGAAACAGAUUGUGGACCUCACGGUGACCAACAACAAAACCCUCCUGGACAUUGACAACACUCGCAUGACAGUGGAUGACUUCAGGAUGAAGUUUGAGAUGGAGCAGAGCCUGCGCCUGUCAGUGGAAGCUGACAUCAACGGCCUGCGGAGGGUAUUGGAUGAUCUGACCAUGCAGAAGUCUGACCUGGAGAUGCAGUACGAGUCUCUGCAGGAGGAGCUGGCCGCCCUCAAGAAGAAUCAUGAGGAUGAGAUGUGCCAGAUGACCGGGCAGAGCAGUGGGGAAGUCAGCGUGGAGAUGAAUGCCGCUCCCAGCGUGGAUCUCACCCUGAUCCUCAACAACAUGCGCCAGGAGUACGAGGAGAUCAGUGCUAAGAACCGCAAGGACAUCGAGCAGCAAUACGAGGCUCAGAUGAACAAGAUGCAUCAGGAGGUGGCGACUAAUAGCCAGGAGACGGACACCUGCAACAAGCAGGUGAUCCAGCUGCGGCAGACCUUCCAGGCGCUGGAGAUCGAGCUGCAGUCUCAGCUGAGCAUGAAAUCGGCCCUGGAGAAAUCCUUGGAGGACACCAAGAACCGCUACUGUGGGCAGCUGCAGCAGAUCCAGGAGCAGAUUAGUGCCCUGGAGGCCCAGCUGGCUGAGAUCCGGGGGGAGACUGAGUGCCAGAAUCAGGAAUAUACCCUUCUGCUCGGCAUCAAGACACGGCUGGAACAGGAAAUUCAGACCUACUGCAGUCUCCUGCAAGGCGGCCAGGAUGACUUGUAG